AUCUUUGGCUUGGUUGACGUCUACAGAAUGCAUAAUGGCGGCUUCCUUGGAAGUCGGGGCUAUUUCGAUAAUGACUGGUUCGGAUGAUUUUAGAACAGAAGAUACCGGGGAUGAGUCGGCAGAGGAAACAAAAUAUGAUUUGAAAAAAGAUCAAGAUUCUGAGGAAGACGAACCGGCAGAGGAACCAAGAGAGCCAAGGAUCCGUGAAACGCCAGAGGACAUCAAACUCGACGCAAUUGUCAACACAUUGGCCUUCCAUCCAAAACAAGAUAUUUUUGCUGCCGGGGAUAUUGACGGUGAUAUUUACGUAUACUCCUACUCGUGCACAGAGGGGGAGAGCAAGGAGCUAUGGUCGUCUGGACAUCACCUCAAGUCCUGCAGGGAAGUUGCUUUCUCUCAUGAUGGACAGAAACUGUUCAGCGUUUCAAAAGACAAGUCAGUCCAUCUCAUGGAUGUGGAAGGGGGAAAACUUGUCACACGCAUCGCCAAAGCCCACAGUGUCCCAAUCAAUGCACUGCUGCUGGUGGAUGAGAAUGUGCUCGCCACCGGGGAUGAUGGGGGGACACUGAAGGUUUGGGACAUGAGGAAGGGCACAUCGUUCAUGGACCUGAAGCAUCAUGAUGACUAUAUCAGCGGCAUUGCUAUUGACCAGGCCAAGAGAAUGCUUCUCACCUCCAGUGGUGAUGGGACGAUGGGGGUCUUCAACAUCAAGAGGCGGCGAUUUGAGCUCCUGUCAGAGUUCCAGAGUGGGGACCUUACCUCGGUGGCCAUUAUGAAACGAGGGAAGAAGGUGGUGUGUGGCUCCAGUGAAGGGACUAUGUACAUCUUCAACUGGAAUGGCUUUGGAGCCACCAGUGACCGCUUCGCUGUGAAGGCAGAAUCUGUGGACUGCAUUGUUCCCAUUACAGACAGUAUACUGUGUGCUGCCUCCAUGGAUGGAGUUAUACGUGCCAUAAACCUCCUGCCCAAUCGGGUACUGGGCUGCAUAGGGCAGCAUGUUGGGGAGCCUAUUGAGCAAAUUGCCCGCUCUCGCGACUCACGUUUCCUGGCGAGCUGUGCCCACGACCAGAUGAUCAAGUUCUGGGACAUUUCAAGUCUCCGCGACAUGACAGUCAGUGACUACCGGAAGCGGAAGAAGAAAGAUGGGAACCUCAAGUCCCUCAGCAAGAAAGCCUAUGGGGGUGGGGAUGAUUUCUUUUCUGGACUGAUGGAAGAGACUGAGGCAAAAAAGGAAGAGGAUGAAGGAGACAGUGACAGCGACAGUGAUUAAAAGAUACUUGUGGAAGUCAUGCCCAUCAUGUGUUGCCAGAGGUGUUGUGUGCUAUUGGUCAAACAACUCCUGGCCAUUGCACCAAUAAACUCUUCUCAGCCAGCACUGUUGAAAGAGGCAUCUUGGCAGAGUGGAAGCUUUAGAUGGCGUAUGCUUGGGGCAUAGCCUUGGAGAUGAGAACAGCCUGUUUCAUCCACUGCUUGCAGUGUGUUUUUCUCCUGAAACAUGACUCUUCAAAAGUCUGGUGCAAUCCCAGGUUAAAAUAUGUUAUGUUGUAAAACACAUUUGUUAAAUGUAGAGCCCUUAGAAAUUAGUCCCAUAGAUCUGGUUGGAUUCUGCCAUUGGAGAGCUAAGCUAUGGAAACUCAGGAUCAAGGAAGAGUCUGGGGCUGCUUAUGGGGUCAGAGGUCAAGUGUCACUGUUCAGAUUUGUCUUGCAAGAGGAAACCCCUCGGCCUGGUUUGCUGUAGUAUCUUUGCCUUAUUACCAGUAUAGUAGCAUGACAUCAUGUACAUGUAUGUAAUGUACAGCAUAACAUCGUUUAAAAAGACAUGGAAAUAAAAUGUUCAAUUUUUACAUUC